AUGGGGGACUGGAACCUGUUGGGCAGCAUCCUUGAAGAAGUGCACAUCCACUCCACGAUAGUUGGCAAAAUCUGGCUCACAAUCCUGUUCAUAUUCCGGAUGCUGGUGCUGGGAGUGGCUGCCGAAGAUGUCUGGGAUGAUGAGCAGUCUGAGUUCAUCUGCAACACAGAGCAACCUGGCUGCAGCAAUAUCUGUUACGACAAAGCCUUCCCCAUCUCUCUGAUCAGAUACUGGGUGCUGCAGAUUGUGUUUGUCUCUUCUCCAUCACUAGUGUACAUGGGCCAUGCACUCUACAGAUUGAGGGCUCUCGAGAAAGAGCGACAGAAGAGAAAGGCCCAGCUGCGAGCCCAGCUAGAAGAUCUGGAGCCCAUGCCUGAGGAGCAAAGGAGAGUGGAGAGGGAGCUGCGUAAGCUGGAGGAACAGAAGAAAGUGAAUAAGGCACCCCUGAGAGGGUCUUUGCUGCGCACCUAUGUCCUACAUAUCCUGACCCGGUCAGUGGUUGAAGUGGGCUUUAUAAUAGGUCAGUAUCUUUUAUAUGGGUUUCACAUGUCCCCCCUUUACAAAUGCACUCGGCCCCCUUGCCCUAACACAGUGGAUUGUUUUGUGUCCCGGCCCACAGAGAAGACCAUCUUUAUGGUUUUCAUGAACAGCAUCGCUGCAGUCUCCCUAUUCCUCAACAUUCUCGAGAUCGCCCACCUGGGCCUCAAGAAGAUCCAGAAGAGCCUCUGUGGGUGGCCACGGUGUCCGGUGGGCCCUGCCAAGGAGGAGACCAUCCUCUACAACUCCAAAAAGAGCUCUAUGGUGUCGCCGGCUUGCCCGGCCAGCGACGCCUUCCCGCCGUGCCCAGCCACUGCCCCGCCGCCACCCCACGCUCCCGCUGCUGCCCCAGCUCGCGCUCCCGGGGCGGCGGCGCCUCCCGGCCGGCAGCACCGCGGAGAGCUCCGGGGAACGCCACCGCCGCGCCGCCGGCACGGCUCGGCGCAGCACCACGGGCAGCAGCCGCCGCCUUCCUCCAGCAGCGAGGAGGCGCCGCGGGCCGCGGCGAGCGGCCCCACGGGGGAGACAGGGGCGGCGGGCGCGGCCCGGCGGGCGCCCCGCAAGCACAGCCGGGUGAGCGUCUGCCGCGACCUCGAUGAGGAGCGCGGCAACUCCCCGGACAGCGGACACUGCCCCGGCACCCGCAAGUCCAGCUUCCUCUCCCGCGUCCUCACCGGCAGCCGGGCGGGCAGCGACAGCGAGAGCGCCGCCUCCCGCUGCGGCUCUGGCCCUGGCCCUGGCUCCGGCUCCGGCUCGGGCUCGGAGGGGCAGCGCCUUGAAGAGGGCGUCCCACCCAUCAGCCCGCCGCCCGCCGCCGCCAUGGGACGCCGCGUCUCUAUGGCAAGUAGCAGACCGCGGGAGGGGGGCGACGAAGGGUCCCGGGCGGGGCGGGCCUGCCCGGUUGUCUGUCCCGGCCCUGCAGGGCAGGGGGUGAGCCAAGGGGCAGAGAGGCUUGGGUAA